AUGGAAGUAGAAAACACCACAAAACCAGAAGUUAAUGAAGAGGAUGAAACAAAGUUAUCCAUUGGAACUAAAAUUGAUAAACUAUUUGUUGAAUUAGAAAAAGCAUUUAAUGAACAAAACAAAGAAGAAACAGAACGUUUACUUCAAGAAACUAAUACACUUAUUGAAAAAGGUGGAGAUUGGGACAGAAGAAAUAGAAGAAGAGUUUAUGAAGGGUUAUACCUUGUUAAGUUUAAUCGAGAUUAUGCAAAGGCUUCAGAACUAUUAGUAGGAUCAGUUGGGACAUUUGCAGUUAAUACAUUAAUGACAUUUGAAAGAUUUGUGUUUAUUGCAAGUGUUACUGGGAUUUUAAUUUUUGAAAGAGGCCGAAUGAAAAAAGAAAUUUUAGAUAAUUCUGAUGUUAUUGGAGCAUCAGGAGAAUUUAAAUGUUUACUCAAUAUGGGAAAUGCCUUAUAUAAAAGUGAUUAUACUACAUUUAUUAAAGAAUUAAAAGAAGUGGUUAUUUUAAUGAUGCAAGAUAAUAUUCUAAAUAAGUCUGUUGAUUGGUUUUGUAAAGAAAUGAGAAUUAAAGCAUACAAACAAAUCAUGAGAUCAUAUUUGGCUGUUCGUUUAGAUGUUUUUGCUAAAGAAUUUGGAGUUACUAAUGACUUUAUUGAAAAAGAACUUGAGACAUUCAUUUCACAAGGACGUCUUGCUGCUCAAAUAGACAAAGUAAAUGGUAUUGUGAUGAAUGCGCAUAAAGACAAAAGGAAUGAGCUUUAUGUGAAUUUAGUAAAAGAGGGAGAUAUUGUUGUUGAGAAAUUACAACGAUUAGAACGGAAAUUAGAAUAA